GUUCAUGUAGCUCAAAUUCUACUUUCAGUGGGUCUUGCAGUUUUUGUCAGUUUGUUAUUAAAGUACGUUUUUAGCCUUUUGUGUCCUUGAAAAACAAAUUACAGAAUAUGACCUCUGGUAACAUGAUGAAAACAGAAGUGUCGGUCGCUGCUUCUUUCCUCAGUGGUUUACUGAGCAGCAGUGACUCUCUGACUGGAGAUCAGCUGCAGAUCUUCACUCACACACUCACUGAUGCUCUGAUGGAGCACUAUCAGCACCAUUGGUUUCCUCAAGCUCCCUGCAGAGGAUCUGGCUACAGAUGUUUACGGAUCAACCAUAAAAUGGACCCGCUUAUAGGAAAAGCAGCCUGUGCUGUUGGAUUUACACAAGAGCAGCUUUUCUCAUCACUUCCAGUAGAGCUGACACUGUGGGUGGACCCUUACGAGGUGUCCUAUCGGAUCGGUGAAGAUGGAUCCACUUGUGUUCUCUACAAGUCCUCACCGCUACGGCCUAAAAGUGCCACCUCAGCAGAUGCAUCAGCCCACAGGAAGGAGAAACUAAAAACCAGACGAUCGAAUCGGUCAAGAAGGUUCGACGUAAUGGAAAGGUCUCUGUUAUGAGAGGUUUGAAACCCUCCCUCUGUGUAUAUUUUGCACUUGUUUAAAACAUUAAAGAAGAAACUGAAUGUGGAA